UUUUCGUUCUGAUCUGUGAGAGAGAUUGCAAGGAGUGUUGUAAGUGAUGUAACAAGAAGGUGGACGUAGCCGCUGCGUAAGCCUCGGCUGCCACAUCUCCAAAAUGGCCACCAUCACUCGGCCCGGGAGCCUCCGGAAUCCAGAGGUGGCCGACUUGUUUGAAAGAGAGGAUCCUGACCGUGUUUUUGAUGACUUGCGGGAAAUUGGCCAUGGCAGUUUCGGAGCAGUGUACUAUGCACGACAUGUUACAUCCAAGGAAGUGGUGGCUAUCAAGAAAAUGUCCUACAAUGGAAAACAAAGUGCAGAAAAGUGGCAAGACAUCCUGAAGGAGAUAAGGUUCUUGCGUAAUCUCCGUCACCCAAACACAGUAACCUACAGAGGAUGCUACCUCAAGGAAUCUACAGUAUGGUUGGUAAUGGAAUACUGCUUAGGAUCGGCUUCAGACAUCAUAGAAGUACACCGUCAACCCCUUAGAGAAGAAGAAAUCAGUGCCAUUUGCGAAGGCUGUCUCUCUGGUCUUGCAUAUCUGCAUUCUUUGGGGAAAAUUCACCGUGAUGUCAAAGCUGGAAAUAUUCUACUUACUGAAAAUGGCACCGUAAAACUGGCUGACUUUGGUAGUGCAAGUAUUGCAUCACCAGCCAAUAGUUUUGUCGGGACACCAUAUUGGAUGGCUCCAGAGGUAAUUCUAGCUAUGGAUGAAGGACAAUAUGAUGGAAAGGUAGAUGUGUGGUCCUUAGGCAUCACAUGCAUAGAACUAGCUGAGCGCAAACCGCCCUAUUUCAACAUGAAUGCCAUGAGUGCCUUGUACCACAUCGCCCAAAAUGUUGCCCCCAAAAUGUCCUCCCCAGAAUGGUCAAAGGAAUUCCAGCAUUUUGUUGAGUCAUGUCUGCAGAAGAACCCACCUGAUCGCCCUACCUCUGCUAGGCUUUUGUCG